GUCAUUAUAUUACUCUCAAGUACGAAAAGCCAUGGACAAUAUUUUAAGACACCUUGAUAAGGAAGUAGGAAGGUGUAUGAUGCUAACGAACGUCCAGAUGUUAAACAAAGAACCCGAAGACAUGAUCACGGGUGAGAGAAAGCCAAAAAUAGAUGUUUUCAGGACUUGUGUUGCUGCUAUUCCUCGACUGCUUCCUGAUGGGAUGUCCAAACUUGAACUUAUUGACCUGCUGGCUAGGCUCUCCAUUCAUAUGGAUGAUGAACUGCCACAUAUUGGACAAAAUUCUCUGCAGGGUUUGCUUGUUGACUUCUCGGACUGGAGGGAGGGAAGACGUGCUGUUUGGCUUCACCAACUUCCUACUCCGGGAAGUGAAUGACAUGCAUCACACGCUCCUCGAUUCAUCCCUUAAGUUACUGCUCCAGCUCCUCACCCAGUGGAAAUUGGUCAUACAAACUCAAGGAAAAGUCUAUGAACAAGUGAACAAAAUCAGGAAUUCAGAGCUAAUUCCAAAUGGCUCCAGCCACAGAAUUCCUUCUGAGCGGGGUUCCCAC